GUUAAUUUAACAUUGGCUACUAAGAAACAAAAUAAGAAAACAACGCAGUUUGCAACGUUUAGAAAAGAACGCCUACAAAUGCUCUAAGUGGCUGCGAUAAAGACUUGCAACGAACAUGUCGCUGGUGGAUCAUGACUCAUGGGACAUCGAGUUUGAGGGCUGCGAACGCUUGCGACAUCAGAUUCUGGUGCUCCUCAAUCAGCGGCGGCAGCUGGACGGCACAGCCGCCGCGCCGGAAUACGUGCGACUGACGAGCAGCAUUGAGGCCAGCCUGGAGCAGUUGCGCAAAGAUGUGAGUCACCUGAAAGUGGCGCUGGACAACGACAUUCUCUGGGAGCUGCGUCCGGCCGAGGAGCUGCAGCGGCGUCGCAUCAACUACGACAAGCUCGCAUCGCAGCUGCGCGAAGCCGAUGCCAAAUUCACGAGCAGCACACGCGCCGACCAGCUGCCGGCUAGCUCGAGCUCUGUGUGGCAGAAUGCAGCCGCCGCGGCUCCAGGUCGGCCGCAAGAUGUGGUUGGGCUAAGGCAACAGCAGGAAGCGAUUCUAGAGCAUCAGAAUCGUGGCUUGGAGGUGCUGUCGGCCACCAUAUCACGGCAGCGCAAUCUGGCCACGCAGCUGGGCAACGAGGUGGAGGACCAAAACAACAUCUUGGACAAUCUGGCCAAUACCAUGGAUCGCGUGGAGACGGGCGUGCAGCGCGAGACGCACAGCAUCAGCCAGGUGAACAGACGCGACACCACCUGGGGCUACUGGCUGCUCAUAAUAGCGCUCUUCGUGGCCAUAAUUGUGGUGGUCCUUCUGUAGGCCAAGGCCAAUUCUCAACCUAUACACAUACCUAUAUAGAUAUAUAUAUAAUUAUACAGGUGUUCUAUGUUAUAUGUGCAGCCUCUCUGCAAUUUCCAUUUUCCAAAGAUGUUUCUGGAGCGGAAUAAUGUAAAGUUGUCUGUCCGUCUGUUUCCAUGCCAGCUUAUCUCCUUUAUGGAUAUAGAUAUGGAUCGUAGAGCUAUAUCCUAAGCUUCCCAUUUGUUGUGUUGCUUUCAAAGAUAUUUUCAACUGCAAGCUUCAUUGAGCUUCAGAUAACAAUAAAUUAACAUCUUAAUACUAUAUUAUAUAGAAUAUAUCAGUUAUAUGGAAACUGUAAAGAUUAUUUUCUAUAUCUCUGCAAGGGCAUUUAAUAUUCGGCUGUCCGAAGAUAACUGUUUUAUCUACUUUUAUUUACAAAAUUGUACUAUGGAAAUCUGUUUAAUAAAUGUUCGGAAAAGACCCGAGUCUUACCUGUCUACGCAUCCUC